AUGAGAAGAUUAGCGGGGUACUUAACGGACUCCGUUCCAGCAUCUGGUGACCCAGACGAGAUGAUGACCCAUGACUUAGAAGCACUUGUGAAAGCCUGCCUCGUCCUCGCCUCUGCUAUCUCGUUUCAAAUCAGUUUCACUCCACCUAAUGGUCCGCCCAAGUCUCUUCCACCAAGGCCGUCGUUGCGAGCCGGUUUAACUCCUACCAUGCAGGAAUGGAUAAUAGUAUUCUUGGUGAAGUACGGGCUUCCUAUCGAGAUAAUGAUGUAUUAUCUAGUAUCUCUCAACGAGUUCCUUCAUAACAUAUCACUGGCAUUUCCUUCUCUUCCGAUUCAGCCAGUAUUUCCAUUAUUGCACGCCUCCGAGAGCAAUGGGCCGGGAAUACCUCUCAGCGUUCUGCUCGGUAGUUCGCUCUCUAUCGCCAGUUGCGUCUUCAGGAUACUUUGCUAUCGCGCUCUGCAAGGGUUCGCGUUCGAGCUUAAAAAGUCCCCAAAACUUGCUACAAGUGGACCGUACUCGAUCGUGCGCCACCCUGCUUAUACCGGGAUGUUGAUGAACUUAAUCGGGAGUGCGAUGGUCCAUUGGUGGAUACUCGGAACCGGGGUGAAGGCACUGGGAUAUGCGUGGUUGAUUGGUGUAGGAAGCGGAGUUACACUGGUGGUGAUGCGAAUGGAUGGAGAAGACGCGCUGAUGAAGAAAUCAUUCGGAAGUGAAUGGGAGGCAUGGAGUAAAGUGGUGAGAUACAAACUGAUUCCCGGAGUAUAUUGA